AUGGUUGCUGUUGAUCAUUAUCCCGAAUCAUCACAAGUGUCAGAUGAACAGAAGCAACUCAUCAAUGAGCUUAGAUCAAGAGCUCAAGAUAUUCUUAAGCUCUAUCCUGAAUAUGACACAGAUUUUUCAUUAUUGAGAUGGCUAAUGGGAUGGGAUAAUGAUAUUGAUGUGAUUCUUCCAAAACUUGAAACAGCUAUAAGAACGUUGAAGAACUUACAUUUGGAUGAAGUUAAAGUAGAUACUCCAGAACAGAUUAACACUCAUAUUCGCUCUCUUACUGAUUGUGCUGCCUACUUUCCAGGUGGAUUGUUGGGACAAGAUGAUGAAGGAAAUAUUAUAUUCAUGCAAGCAUUAGCAUCAGCUCAUCCAAAAACCUUAGUUAAGGGAGGAUCAGUCAAUGAGCUAUUUCAUUUAAGUAUUGCGGAAACGGAGUUGUCGUUCAAGCUAGUGCGUAGAAUGGAAGAAAAAACGGGAAGAAAGUUAGGAGUCAAAAUCAUUAUGGAUUUGGAUGGAUUCAAUAAGGAUUUGCUUUAUCCAGCAACAUUGAAAAUAUAUAUGAAUUUGUUAACUGUAUUACAAGAUAUCUUUCCUGACUUCGCUCGUAAAAUCUAUAUAAUCAAUCCUCCUAUGAUGAUUCAAACCGUCUAUACUAUGAUUUCUCCCGUAUUAUCAAAACAAACAAGAGAAAAGGUGAAUUUCUUGGGAUCUGAUUGGAAAGAUAUUAUACUUACUGAGCUGGGUGCACAUAAUGUAUAUUCACAUUGGGGAGGCACGAAAGAAUCUUCUAGCCCAACUGGAGAUAUCCGAAUGGGAGGAAAAGUGCCUGAGAAACUAUGGUAUAAUGCAGAAGAUAAUCCAGAUGAUGGAGAAAAGAGUUUGUUCACGAAAAUAAGCAUUUCUGCUCGUUCAGCUGAAUCUGUGACCGUCAAAGGAACUAAAGGAAAAGCUAUACGUUGGAUAUGGAAAGUGAGUAGUGGUGACUUGGAUUUCUGGGUGGAGCAUGAAGAGAAAGAGGUAUUCCCAAAAUGGCGAUUAUCAACGGAGUUUGUUCCGGAAAAGGGUCAAAUGAUAUGUCCAGCUGAUGGUGAGUAUGUUUUCUUCUUCAGUAACAAACACGGAAAAAUCUUUGGAAAAGAUGUCAAGUAUCGUAUACUUCCUGAAUAA